GGCUUGUAUAAAUUGCUGUGACCCCCCGACAGCACCAGGACUGGCAGGCAUCAGGGACAGGGUUUUUGGAGCCAUGGCCCACCUGUGGGACCCCCAAAGGCUUUCAGGAGGGCAGCUGCAGGCCAGUUUCGAGGACAGCACCCAGAGGAGCAUCUUCACCUACACCAACAGCAACGCCACCAGAGGCCCCUUUGAUGGCCCCAAUUACCACAUCGCCCCCAGAUGGGUGUACCACCUCACCAGCACCUGGAUGGUCUUCGUAGUCAUUGCAUCGGUUUUCACUAAUGGGCUUGUGCUAGUGGCCACCAUGAGGUUCAAGAAGCUACGCCACCCUCUGAACUGGAUCCUGGUGAACUUGGCAGUUGCUGACCUGGUAGAGACCAUCAUUGCCAGCACCAUCAGUGUUGUGAACCAGGUCUAUGGCUACUUUGUGCUGGGUCACCCUCUGUGUGUCGUGGAGGGCUACACCGUCUCCCUGUGUGGGAUCACGGGUCUCUGGUCCCUGGCCAUCAUUUCUUGGGAGAGGUGGCUGGUGGUCUGUAAGCCCUUUGGCAACAUGAGAUUUGACGCCAAGCUGGCCAUCGCAGGCAUCACCUUCUCCUGGGUCUGGGCUGCUGUGUGGACUGCCCCGCCCAUCUUUGGUUGGAGCAGGUACUGGCCCCAUGGCCUGAAGACUUCCUGCGGCCCAGAUGUGUUCAGCGGCAGCUCGUACCCUGGGGUGCAGUCGUACAUGAUUGUCCUCAUGAUCACGUGCUGCAUCAUCCCGCUCGGCGUCAUUGUGCUCUGCUACCUGCAAGUGUGGCUGGCCAUCCGAGCAGUGGCAAAGCAGCAGAAAGAAUCUGAGUCCACACAGAAGGCGGAGAAGGAGGUGACGCGCAUGGUGGUGGUGAUGAUCCUGGCAUACUGCCUCUGCUGGGGGCCCUAUACCUUCUUUGCAUGCUUUGCUGCUGCCCACCCUGGCUAUGCCUUCCACCCUCUGGUGGCCGCCCUGCCAGCCUACUUUGCCAAAAGUGCCACUAUCUACAACCCCAUUAUCUAUGUCUUUAUGAACCGGCAGUUUCGAAACUGCAUCUUGCAGCUUUUUGGGAAGAAAGUGGAUGAUAGCUCUGAACUCUCCAGCGCCUCCAAAACAGAGGCCUCAUCUGUCUCUUCAGUGUCACCUGCAUAAAUAUCUCCGGGCCCCAACAACAAAAAGAUCUACCUCCUACUGGAAAACGUAACCCCUGUCCCACUCACCAGGGCUUUGGCUACCACCCCCCACCCCUUCUUCUCCGUCCCUGUGAAAUAAAUGUAGUUUCUCUUAGCCAAAAACAAGGCACAGAAGCUGCCACUGAAAUUUGGGGGCACCUGAGCCCCUGAGUAUUUAGUCACUGAGUUGCAAGAGGGUGUGAGGGGUUUAGAAAGGAAAGUAGCACUGCACUUCAGAGGCUUUAAUCUUUUCCAAACCUUGUGUCAGCAGAUGGUACGAUGGAUUGUGAGAAAGAGGAGUGUGAGGCAGGUGGGCAUCGCACUCCUCUCAUGGGGCUGGUACUGAUGAAAUCCGAAAGGGAGAGCUGAGAAGUGGCUGGAUGGGUACCCUGACACCUGGAAGGGGAGGAGCUAGCCAACCCAGGCCCUUUAAGACCCGUCUGAUAGUGGAUUGGAGUC